AGGGGAAACACUCGGGCCAGCGGACCAGAGAGGACCGGGUCCUCCCGGUGUCCUAGAGCUUCCCGGAAGUAUUUUUGGGUCGCUUCCGGCCGCCCCGCCGCUUUUUGUUCGGGCCGUUCGGCUUCAGACCGCGCGAGUGCCAGGCAGUUCCAGCUGGGACCUGCCUCUGAGCUGAUUGAUCAGAGAGGAGGAAGCCGUAAUGUCUGCCGUGGGAGCUGUAGCUCCAUACUUGCAUCACCCUGGUGUCAGUCACAGCGGCCAGGUGAGUUUCCUGGGGGCCCAGCUCCCCCCAGAGGUAGCAGCAAUGCCUCGGCUCCUGGGGGACUUGGACAGGGGCACGUUCAGAAAACUGUUGAAACUGGUGGUCAGUGGCCUGCAGGGAGAGGACUGCCGUGAAGCUGUGCAGCGCCUUGGGACUACUGCACACCUGUCGGAGGAGCGGCUGGGUGCCCUGCUUGCUGGCACCCACACGCUGCUCCGGCAGGCCCUCCGGCUGCCCCCAGCCAGCCUGAAGCCCGACGCCUUCAAGGACCAGCUUCAGGAACUCUGCAUCCCCCAAGACCUGGUCGUGGACUUGGCCAGUGUGGUGUUUGGGAGCCAGCGGCCUCUCCUUGACUCUGUGGCCAGGCAGCAGGGGGCCUGGCUGCCCCACAUUGCCAACUGUCGGUGGAGGGUGGAUGUGGCAAUCUCCACCAGUACCCUGGCCCGCUCCCUGCAGCCCAGUGUCCUGAUGCAGCUGACACUUUCGGAUGGGUCAGCACACCGCUUUGAGGUCCCCACAGCCAAAUUCCAGGAGCUUCGGUACAGCGUGGCCCUGGUGUUGAAGGAGAUGGCUGACCUGGAGAAGAAGUGCGAGCACAAACUGCAGGACUGACCUCACUCCCAGUUGCCCUGGUGACCUGGGGGCAGUUGCUCAGACGUCUCCAGAAGGAAGCCCAUCCUGCCUAGGAGGCACUCUUCAGUGAGAAUGUGAACGCAACCCUGUCACUCUCUGAUUAGAUAAAGUCAGCACUGUUUUUCCUUUAUUUGGUAGUAAAGCAACAAUUAAAAACAUGUCUUCCUGGGUGUUGUCACCCUGCACACAA